GCCGGACGUAUGUGCUGAGCUCUCACUAUGAACGCUAUUGUUGCCCUCUGCCAUUUCUGUGAGCUGCACGGCCCUCGCACCCUCUUUUGCACGGAGGUUCUACACUCGCCGCUCCCCCAAGGCGCGAGCAGCGGCGACAUCUCGGGGCAGAAUGAGCAGGGAGAAGAGGAGGAAGGAGGCAUCCAGAUGAGCAGCCGGAUCCGCUCGCACAGCCCAGCAGAAGGUGCCAGUGCUGACUCCAGCAGCCCAGGGCCAAAGAAGUCAGACAUGUGUGAGGGCUGCCGCUCUCUUGCAGGAGGCCAUCCUGGCUAUGUCAGCCACGACAAGGAAACCUCCAUCAAGUACGUCAGCCACCAGCACCCAAACCACCCCCAGCUCUUCAGCAUCGUGCGCCAGGCCUGCGUGCGCAGCCUGAGCUGCGAGGUCUGCCCAGGACGAGAAGGCCCUAUUUUUUUUGGAGAUGAGCAGCAUGGCUUUGUGUUCAGUCACACCUUCUUUAUCAAAGACAGCCUGGCUCGAGGUUUCCAGCGCUGGUACAGCAUCAUCACCAUCAUGAUGGACCGGAUUUACCUCAUCAACUCGUGGCCUUUCUUGUUGGGAAAAAUCAGAGGCAUCAUUGAUGAGCUUCAGGGCAAAGCACUUAAGGUGUUUGAAGCAGAGCAGUUUGGGUGCCCCCAGCGUGCCCAGCGGAUGAACACGGCCUUCACCCCCUUCCUGCACCAGCGCAAUGGCAACGCAGCGCGCUCCUUGACGUCCCUCACCAACGAUGAGAACCUCUGGGCAUGUCUGCACACUUCUUUUGCUUGGCUUUUGAAAGCUUGUGGCAGCCGACUGACAGAGAAACUUCUGGAGGGAGCACCAACAGAAGACACUCUUGUUCAGAUGGAAAAACUUGCAGACCUGAAAGAAGAGUCAGAAGGCUGGGAUGGUUCCGAGGAAGAAGAGAAGCCUUCUUCCCAGCCAGAUGUUGUGGAAGGGCAGGAGCUAUCUAAAUGUUCACCUGAAACAUCUCUGAUGCCAGAUUGCAACAGCUGGAAUGUAGCUCACAGGAGGUUGUCCAUCUUCCGCUCCCUCAGGCACAUGAGGCAGGUUCUGGGGGCAUCAGCAUUCCGAAUGCUGGCUUGGCAUGUUCUGAUGGGGAACCAGGUUAUCUGGAAAGCUCGAGACAUGGAUCUUGUCCAGUCUGCUUUUGAUGUGCUACGGACUAUGCUGCCCGUGGGCUGCGUGCGGAUCAUCCCCUACAGUGACCAGUAUGAGGAGGCCUAUCGCUGCAACUUCCUGGGGCUUGGCCCACACGUCCAGAUCCCAUCCCACAUACUGUCAUCUGAGUUCGCGGUGCUUGUGGAGGUUCGCGCUGCUGCCCGGUCCAGUCUCUACCCAGCUCUGUUUGAUGAUGACCAGUCCCUCAACAAGUAUGAGUUUGUUGUCACCAGUGGCAGCCCUGUUGCAGCAGAUCGAGUUGGCCCUACAAUCCUGAACAAGAUCGAAGCUGCCCUGACCAACCAGAACCUUUCUGUAGAUGUUGUGGAUCAGUGCCUUGUUUGCCUGAAGGAGGAGUGGAUGAAUAAAGUGAAGGUCCUCUUCAAAUUCACUAAAGUGGACAGCAGACCCAAGGAGGACACCCAAAAACUGCUGAGCAUUCUGGGGGCUGCAGAGGAGGACAAUGUCAAGCUUCUCAAGUUCUGGAUGACUGGUCUGAGCAAGACAUACAAAUCCCACCUGAUGUCAACAGUUCGCAGCCCAACGUCCUCGGAGUCCCGGAACUAAAAGGUGCCCAAACCUCACUUGCUGCCUUCAAAUAAUGGCAGGGAACCCUGAAUUCCCACUGCUGAGCCUGCAGCAUAUGCAUUAGAUGGAUAGUGAAACUUCAUCACUGUUCUUCUGGUCCUCAAACUAACUUGAAGAGUGACUUGAGUCUUUUUCUAAUCGUUGUGAGACUGGACUAAUAAGUGCUAAUCAAUAGUGCUGCUGUCUGCCCUGAAACUCAACUGUAAAUCUAGACCUCCACACUCAAGACUCAAAUACAACAACCCUCAAAAGAAUCAGUAUGAAAUAAUUAAAAUCCCAUCCUGUCCUCAUUAAGCAUUAUGGUAUGGCAGCAGACCUCAGUUUUAGGUUUCAUUGGCAAGACUUGGAUGCCUGUGACAACAUCUGGAACCGCUUGGAGUGGAUCUAGUGAAUCUCUCUGAUUCCCACACGAAUCACCUAAAUGCUUGAGAGUAAGAACCAAAA